CUGGCAGCGCAACAAACCGCCGGUAAAACGCUGAAAUACCAGAUCUACGAGGAGCAAAAGGUGGGCACCGUCAUCGCCCGCCUCAGGGAGGACGUGGCGGACGUUUUGGCCAAACUUCCCAGCUCCGUGUCGCUGCGCUUCAGGGCGAUGCAGAGGGGCAGCUCCUCGUUCCUGACCGUGCGCGAGCAGGACGGAGAAAUCAGCAUCAGGACCAAAAUCGACCGCGAGAAACUCUGCGAGAAGAACCUGAACUGCUCCAUCCAGUUCGACGUGCUCACGCUGCCCACCGAGCACCUGCAGCUCUUCCACGUCGAGGUGGAAGUCCUGGACAUCAACGAUAACGCGCCCCAGUUCGCGCGCGCCGUGGUGCCCAUAGAGAUCUCCGAGAGCGCGGCCGUGGGCGCGCGCAUCCCCCUGGACAGCGCCACGGACCCGGACGUGGGCGAAAACUCGCUGUACACGUACGCGUUAGAGCCCAACAACUUCUUCAAGAUCGACAUCCAGUCCCGGAGCGACGGGGUGAAGUACGCGGAGCUCGUGGUUCUAAGGGAGCUGGACCGGGAGGUGCGCGCGGGCUACGAACUUCAAUACACGGCCUCCGACAGGGGCGUUCCCGCGAGAACGGGCUCCACUCUCCUCAAAAUCAGCGUGGCGGACUCUAACGACAACAGCCCGGUGUUUGAGAAGUCCUCCUACGUCAUCAACCUGCCCGAAAACUCACCUGUCGGCACUCUGCUGAUCGACUUAAACGCUACGGACGCCGACGAGGGGACGAACGCGAAAAUAGUCUACUCCUUCAGCAGUCACGUGUCCCCGAAAAUCAUGGAGACGUUCAGAAUCAACCCGGACAGCGGCCACCUGACCCUGGUCAGACGCGUGGAUUUCGAGACCCUGAACUCGUACGAUAUAGACGUCCAGGCGCAGGACAUGGGUCCGAACUCCAUGCCCGCCCACUGUAAAAUCCUGGUCAAAGUGGUGGACGUGAACGACAACAAACCGGACAUCAGCAUCAACCUGAUGUCCGCCCAGGGGAACGGGGACGCGGCCUACAUAUCGGAGGCGUCCCCCCUGGACACGUUCGUGGCCCUGGUGCGGGUGGAGGACCUGGACUCGGAUCUGAACGGGGAGGUGGAGUGCCGCCUGCACGGCCAGGGCUACUUCAAGCUGCAGAGGACCUACGAGAACAACUACAUGAUCCUGACCAACGUGUCCCUGGACAGAGAAAAGAGGGCGGAGUUUAGCCUGACGGUGGUUGCCGAGGACAAGGGGACGCCCAGCCUGUCCACCGUCAAACACUUCACCGUGCACGUGACCGACGAGAACGACAACCCGCCGCGGUUCGAGAAGGGCCGCUACGAGGUUUUCAAAAUGGAGAACAACGCCCCCGGGGCGUACCUCACCUCCGUCGUGGCAACCGACCCGGACCUGGACGCCAACGGCCAGGUGAGCUACUCCAUCUUGGAGAACUCUGUCCACGGGAGCUCGAUUUCCACGUACGUGACCGUGGACCUGUCCAGCGGCGCCAUCUACGCACUGCGCACCUUCGACCGCGAGGACGUGAGCCGCGUGGCCUUCGUGGUGCAGGCGAGGGACUCGGGGAAACCGGCGCUCCUUAGCAACGCCACGGUGGUCCUCAACGUCCUCGACGAGAACGACAACCCCCCGGUUAUCGUGGUCCCGCAGCUGUCCAACUUCACCGCGGACGUCCCCGCGCUGAAGUCCACCGAGCCGGGGGGGCUGGUCACCGUCGUCAGGGCGACGGACCGGGACACGGGGGUCAACGCCGAGCUCGUCUGCUCCAUCGCCGGCGGCAACGAAGAAGGGUUUUUCCUCAUGGACCCCAGGACGUGCGAGAUCCACGCUAACGCUAGCUUGGAUAGCUUCCCCCGCGAGCACGCCGAGCUAACGGUGGUGGUCAGAGAUCAGGGAAGCGAAAGCCUCAGCGCUAAAGCGGUGCUCAAGAUAACCCUCCUGGAGAACAUCAAGACCCACGAGCAGCUCAUGGACCAGGGCGAGUUUUCCCUGGACGCCCCUCAGAUCAUCAUCGUGUCUCUGGCGGUGAUCUGCGUGGUGCUGCUGGUCAUCAUGGUGGCGUUCGCGGCGCGCUGCAAACGCGAGAAGAAGGACACCCGGCACUCCUACAACUGCCGGGUGGCGGAGUCCGUCCACGAGCACCGGCCCCGGAAACCCUCGCGCCAGAUCCACAAGGGAGACAUCACCCUGGUUCCCACGGUGAACGGGACCCUGCCAAUCAGGGCCCACCACCGCUCGCCCUCCUCCACCCCCCCCCUGGACCGGGAACACCGCCAGAACCAGAACCACCACAGCCGCCAGUCCCUCAACAGCCUGGUGACCAUCUCCUCCAAUCACAUCCCCGAGAGCUUCGCCCUGGAGCUGGCGCACGCCACGCCCCCGGUGGAGUGUAAGAGCAAAGCUUUUACAGAGAAGAGAAGAAAGCAGGACUGUCGGUAA